UGGUGUUGUUUUUUGUUUUGUUUUGUUUUGUUUUUUCCCUAUUAAAACAAAAAGGAAUUUCAGUGUGAUCCCGGCCCCUUUCACUCAGAGGAACAAGGAUUACAGAGAAAGUAGAAACUUCAACAGGAAAAACUUGAGCUUCAUCGGAUUCCCACAUCAAAGAAAAGCUGACAGCUUUCAGAAAGAGUUUUGCUUUGACGAUAAAGAAGAGCCUACCAACCACAGGCGAGGCCUUGAUGCCAAGUGUUUAGCUGCGCUCCCUAAAGUUGCAGAAUUAAGAAAAAUCUUCGAACCAAAGAGGAAAGACUUUUUAGAGAUGAAAAGAAAGGAAAGAAUUGCCAGGCGCUUAGAGGGAAUAGAAAAUGACCCCCAGCCCAUCCUGUUGCAGAGCUGCACAGGGCUGGUGACUCAUAGACUGCUGGAGGAAGAUACACCCAGAUACAUGCGCGCCACAGACCCUGCCAGCCCUCACACUGGGCGAUCUAAUGAAGAGGAAGACAGUUCUGGGUCUUCCUUAGAAAAACAAACUCCAUCUAAAUACUGCACAGAAACCUCAGGCAUCCACAGUUCGGGCUCCAUGGACACCCACAGUCUGGAGUCCAAAGCGGAAAGGAUCGCAAGGUACAAAGCGGAGAGGAGGCGGCAGCUGGCAGAAAAGUACGGGCUGACCCUGGACCCGGAAGCUGACUCCGAAUACUUGUCUCGAUAUGCCAAGUCUCGGAAGGACCCAGAAGUGGGUGACAGACGAGGAAAAGGUGACAAGCAGGAAGAACCGAGCAAGGAUACCAGUUCCUUGCACUCCAGGGCCGAGCCAGGGCCCAGGACCAGCUUGGUAGAGUCCCAGGACAGCGCCCCCCUGGGGAGCAACAUGUCUGACCAGGAGCUGCUGCUCAACUUGGAGAACCAGCGGCGAGUCCAAGAGCCCCCGGUGGCAGAAGAUGGUUCCCCCGCCUUCUUUUCUGAGCGAGGCACCUCCUUCUCUGAAGUGCCAAGGUCCCCAAAGCAAAUGUCCAGCUCACCACUGCAGCAGCCAGCCUCCCCGAGCCUCCUGGGUGACCCGCCAGUGCCCCUGGAGGCCCGAGCCAGUACAGGGAAGGCCACCCAUGAGUGGUUUCUACAGAAAGAUGCCGAAGGGGAUACACCUUCACUUAUCAACUGGCCUUCCAGAGUUAAAGUUAGAGAAAAAUUGGUGAAACAGGAGAGUGCUCGCAGCAGCCCUGAACUCAUCUCAGAGCCCUUAACCCAGAGGAGACCAGGACCAGCGCAUUUCCUGUCCAUCCAGUCAGAAAGCUCCGCCUUUGAUAGGGUCACCAGCAAGGUAGUGAGCCCACUACGGCCAAGCCGGAGCUGUGUCCUGCCAGCUGACCCUGUUCAUGCCAUCAAGCUGGUGACCGUGGAUACCCCAGAAAGCGCAUCUGAAUCCAGCUGGGUGGGGUCAGCCACCCCAAAUGUCAUAAAAUCCACCACCCUGAAGAUUCUAGAAGGUGGGUCGAGGGACGCUCCAGAGCUCCACAUUUGUGAAUCAAAAGUGAAAGAUGUGCCUCCCCUUGAACCUCUGGAGAGGAGCCCCAGAUCCCUCUUGACCUCCGAAGAUGGCAGGUUUGUGAGAGGCCACGAAGACCCCUCUGGUCAUGAAGAUUUAGAUGAGCCCAGGGUUCGCUCCAUCACCAUAGAACCUGAGAGGGAGUGGCGAGUUCAACACCAGCCCGCUCAGAGAAUUGGCCGGAGUGAAAUGGUUCUGUAUAUGCAGAGUGGUCCCGUGUCCCAAGAUGCCACAUUGACCAGUCACACAAAAGAGGCCUCUCCAAAGAAACGCAAGGUUUUGGCCCGGUCCCUGUCGGAUUACACGGGUCCCCCUCAGCUUCAGGCCCUCAGACACAACAAGGACGAAGCCCCAAAGCCGGAGCUGGAGCUGCCGAAUUCCAGGGCAGAAGGGUCUGGUGCAGAAGCUAGCAUGCUGGACACCAGAGUCUCCGUCGCCCAGCUCCGAAAUAUGUUUCUGGAGUCAGCCAGAGCCAACAAGAAACCUGAACUCCAAUCCCGGGUUGAGAGGUCAGCUGAAGGAAUUGGCUUGCCCACGGAACGGGAGAGAGGGUCUCGGAAACCAAGACGCUAUCUUUCUCCUGGUGAAAGUAGGAAAACUUCUGAGCGAUUUAGAACUCAACCUAUAACCUCAGCAGAGCGAAAGGAGUCGGAUAGGUACCCUUCGGGUUCAGACAUGCCAAUGGUUGAUGAUGAAGAAAAGGUAGAUGAACGGGCCAAGCUGAGUGUCUCUGCCAAGAGGUUGCUUUUCAGGGAAAUGGAGAAAUCAUUUGAUGAACACAACGUCCCAAAGAGACGAUCGAGAAACGCGGCCGUGGAGCAAAGGCUGCGUCGCCUGCAGGACCGGUCUCACACCCAGCCCAUCACCACGGAGGAAGUGGUCAUCGCAGCCACUGAACCUAUCCCUGCUUCGCGUUCUGGGGGCACCCACCCUGUCAUGGCAAGACUUCCUAGCCUCACUGUAGCUAGGAGCGCUGUGCAGCCUGCCAGGUUACAAGCGUCUGCUCACCAAAAGGCUUUAGCCAGGGACCAGGCAAAUGAGGGCAGAGAGUCUGCCGAACCAGGUGAACCUGAUUCCUCCACUCUGAGCUUAGCAGAGAAAUUGGCCUUGUUUAACAAAUUGUCCCAGCCAGUCUCCAAAGCCAUUUCCACCCGAAACAGAAUAGACGUGCGGCAGAGAAGGAUGAACGCAAGGUAUCAGACUCAGCCGGUCACGCUUGGAGAGGUGGAGCAGGUGCAGAGUGGGAAGCUCAUCUCCUUCACCCCCACUGUGAACACAUCUGUCUCUACCAUGGCCUCUGCAGUCGCCCCCACAUACGCAGGGGACCUCCGGGCGAAGCCGUCUGUUGACAGUGCAAGUCCCACCGACCACAAGUUUCCUUCUCCCAUGGAAAACUCAGACUCUCCAGUGAGAAGCAUUCUGAAACCACAGGCCUGGCAGCCUUUGGCAGAACACAGUGGGAGCAAAGGAAUGCUGGGGGAGUGUGGAGAGACAGAAAGCAAGAAAGCUCCGACUGCGGGAGACAGCGGCAUUCAAACAUACAGAGCCUUCGAGGACGAAGCCGAGUCCUCCUACCCCGUCCUUGGCAGAGUCAGAGAGGGUGACGGCCAGAAGGAGCCUAAGCAUGCCAUUCUGAGGAGGGGAAGCUUAGAGCUAGGUCAUCCUCCUGUCACCCACCCUGGUGAGGAGCUAAAGGAAUUUUCCACUGCUAAAAGCAGUUUGCAAGAGAAUCUGGACCGGAAGGAGAAGCAGACCUCGGAGGAGAACGUCGAUGUGGAGAAUGUCAUGAGAAAGUUCUCACUCAAAGCAGCGGAGUUUGGGGAACCUGCUUCUGAGCAGACAGAGCCAGCUGCUGGGAAAGCCUCUCUGCAGACAGCAACCUCAGGGUCCUGGAAGCAGCAGGAUCCCUCUGAGCAACUGGCGGAGAAGCUCUUCAAGAGCCCCUGUGCCAUGUUCGCUGCCGGAGAGGUCAAAGUGCCAGGGGGCGAGGCUCUCCUGGAUUCACCCAGCAAAACCAUGUCAAUCAAAGAAAGGCUGGCACUGUUGAAGAAGAGCGGCGAGGAGGACUGGAAGAACAGACUGAUUCGGAAGCAGGAAUAUGGCAAAGCCAGCAGCAGCCUGCACAUCCAGGAGGUAGAGCAGUCCCUGAAGAAGAAGGAAGAAGGAGGAUUUACAGAUGAUAAUGCCAUUUCUAAUCUGCUUUGGGAACCUGUAUUUGCUUCUACUUAUUCUCCUGCUAUGCCUGCUGCCCAUAAAUACCUGUCUUUUGUAUCUGUUAACCAGCGGGUCACAGAAAGUCGAGAGAGCCAGAUGACGAUUGAGGAGAGGAAACACCUCAUCACUGUGCGAGAGGAAGCGUGGAAGACGAAGGGCAGAGGGGCCGCCAACGACUCCACCCAGUUCACCGUGGCAGGAAGAAUGGUGAAGAAAGGUCUGGCAUCACCCACAGCCAUAACUCCAGUCUCAUCCCCUCUCUGCAGCAAAUCAAGGGGCACCACCCCAGUUUCCAAACCCCUGGAAGAUAUUGAAGCCAGGCCAGAUAUGCAGCUGGAAUCGGACCUGAAGUUGGACAGGCUGGAAACCUUUCUAAGGAGGUUGAACAACAAAGUUGCCGGGAUGCAGGAAACGGUUCUCACCGUCACUGGGAAAUCUGUCAAGGAGGUGAUGAAGUUGGAUGAUGAUGAAACCUUUGCCAAAUUCUACCGCAGCGUGGAUCACAAUAUACCUAGAAGCCCUGUGGAGCUGGAGGAGGACUUUGAUGUCAUUUUUGACCCGUACGCUCCCAAGCUGACAUCUUCCGUGGCGGAACAUAAGCGUUCGGUUAGGCCCAAGCGCCGGGUCCAGGCUUCCAAGAACCCUCUCAAACUGCUAGCAGCAAGAGAUGAUCUCCUUCAGGAAUACACGGAGCAAAGGCUAAACGUUGCCUUCAUGGAGUCCAAGCGGAUGAAAGUGGAAAAGAGCUGUCACCUGGGUACCUGUGAAGACUUGGUGAGAGAUGCCUACCACGGGGAAUCAGUCCCAGCAUCCCUAAGGGUGUCAUCCAAUUCCAACUUCUCAGAGGUGACUCUGGCAGGCCUGGCCAGCAGGGAGAACUUCAGCAGCAUCAGCCUGCGGAGUGUCAACCUGAUGGAACAGAACUCCAACAACAGCGCCGUGCCCUACAAGAAGCUCAUGUUGCUGCAGAUUAAAGGUAGAAGACAUGUGCAGACAAGGUUGGUGGAGCCUCGGGCCUCGUCACUCAGCAGCGGGGACUGCUUCCUUCUGCUCUCCCCCCAGUACUGCUUCCUGUGGGUGGGAGAGUUCUCAAACGUCAUCGAGAAGGCAAAGGCAUCUGAACUUGCAACAUUAAUUCAAACAAAGAGGGAGCUUGGUUGUAGAGCUACAUACAUCCAGACCAUUGAGGAAGGAAUUAACACACAUACUCACGCAGCCAAAGACUUCUGGAAGCUCCUGGGUGGCCAGACCAGCUACCAGUCUGCCGGAGACCCAAAGGAAGAUGAACUGUACGAGACAGCCAUCAUAGAGACAAACUGUGUCUACCGCCUGACCGACGACAAGCUCGUCCCUGAUGAUGACUACUGGGGGAAGAUUCCGAAGUGCUCCCUUCUGCAGUCCAAAGAGGUCCUGGUGUUUGACUUUGGAAGUGAAGUUUACGUGUGGCACGGGAAGGAAGUCACGUUAGCACAGCGGAAAAUAGCAUUCCAGCUGGCUAAGCACCUCUGGAACGGAGCCUUUGACUACGAGAAUUGUGACAUCAACCCUCUGGACCCUGGAGAGUGCAACCCGCUCAUUCCCAGGAAAGGGCAAGGACGACCCGACUGGGCCAUAUUUGGGAGAGUUACGGAGCACAACGAGACUAUUCUGUUCAAAGAGAAAUUCCUCGACUGGACAGAACUGAAGAGGCCUAGUGAGAAGAACUCUGGGGAAGUUGUCCAACAGAAGGAUGACCCUAGGACUGACAUCAAGCCCUAUGAUGUGACGCGGAUGGUGGCCACGCCCCAGGUGACAGCCAGCACCAUCCUAGAUGGGGUGAACGUUGGCCGUGGCUAUGGCCUGGUGGAAGGGGAUGACAGGAGGCAGUUUGAGAUUGCCACCGUCUCUGUCGAUGUGUGGCAUAUUCUGGAAUUCGAUUACAGCCGGCUCCCCAGGCAGAGCAUCGGGCAGUUCCACGAGGGGGACGCCUAUGUGGUCAAGUGGAAGUUCAUGGUGAGCACUGCAGUGGGAAGCCGGCAAAAGGGAGAGCAUCCGGUGAGGGUGGCCGGCAAAGAGAAAUGUGUCUAUUUCUUCUGGCAAGGCCGGCACUCAACCGUGAGUGAGAAGGGAACAUCAGCGCUGAUGACGGUGGAGCUGGAUGAAGAAAGGGGGGCCCAGGUCCAGGUUCUGCAGGGAAAGGAGCCCCCCUGCUUCCUCCAGUGUUUCCAGGGAGGUAUGGUGGUGCACUCUGGACGGAGGGAAGAGGAAGAAGAAAAUGUGCAGAGUGAAUGGAGACUGUACUGUGUGCGGGGAGAGGUGCCCAUGGAAGGGAACUUGCUGGAGGUGGCCUGUCACGGCAGCAGCCUCAGGUCCAGGACUUCCAUGGUGGUUCUGAACAUAAACAAGGCCCUCAUUUACCUGUGGCAUGGAUGCAAAGCUCAGGGCCACACGAAGGAGGUUGGGAGGACUGCGGCCAAUAAAAUCAAGGAACAAUGUCCCCUGGAAGCAGGCUUGCACAGCAGCAGCAACGUGACAAUACAUGAGUGUGAUGAAGGAUCCGAGCCCCUGGGAUUCUGGGACGCCCUGGGGAGGAGGGACAGGAAGGCCUAUGACUGCAUGCUUCAAGAUCCUGGAAGUUUUAACUUCGCGCCCCGCCUGUUCAUCCUCAGCAGCUCCUCCGGAGACUUCUCGGCGACCGAGUUCGUGUACCCCGCGCGAGCGCCCUCUGCCGUCAGCUCCAUGCCUUUCCUGCAAGAGGAUCUGUACAGCGCGCCGCAGCCAGCACUCUUCCUGGUUGACAAUCACCACGAGGUGUACCUCUGGCAAGGCUGGUGGCCCACGGAGAACAAGAUAACCGGCUCGGCCCGCAUUCGCUGGGCCUCAGACCGGAAGAGCGCCAUGGAGACCGUCCUGCAGUACUGCCGAGGAAAGAAUCUCAAAAGGCCACCCCCCAAGUCUUACCUUAUCCAUGCUGGGCUAGAGCCCCUGACGUUCACCAACAUGUUUCCCAGCUGGGAGCACAGAGAGGACAUUGCGGAGAUCACAGAAAUGGAUACUGAAGUUUCCAACCAGAUCACCCUGGUGGAAGAUGUCCUAGCCAAGCUCUGUAAAACCAUCUAUCCACUGGCAGAUCUGCUUGCCAGGCCACUCCCAGAGGGAGUAGACCCUCUAAAGCUUGAGAUUUAUCUCACAGAUGAAGACUUUGAGUUUGCACUCGACAUGACCAGAGAUGAAUUCAACGCACUGCCCACCUGGAAGCAAGUGAACCUGAAGAAAGCUAAGGGCCUGUUCUGAGGAUGCAAUGACAGGCACCGCCAAGAGAUCACUUCUGGUGCCUCUAGACCAGAAAACGGAUUUUUUUUUUUUUUUGACUGCUAUUUUUUUUCUGUCAAAGAAGAAAGUAUUUUUGAAUCAGAGUUUUUCCAAACCUGACCUUAUUAACUCGAUGGCUUGUCUGGGAGUUAAGCAUUUUGUAAAUGUGUGGGAGAACUCUGGGGACGGCUCUUUUCCAUGGUUCAGGUAAACUGAGAAAGGCAUCUCUUCCGUUCACUCAGCCGAGCCCUGCCUCAGCGGCCGCUGCGACCCUACUCUCCUGUUCCAGCUCGGCAUUACCUUUUUUAAAGCAAGUCUCUUUAUAAAGUGUUAUUUUGAUAGUUUGUGGAUUCUAAAUAUAUAUAUAUAUAUUUAUAUAAACACCGUAUAAAUCCAAUAUGUAUUUAACAAAGCAAUAUGUAUUCAUUCACUUUCAAUUUUUUUUUCCUUCGGUGUCAAAACAAUAUUACCAGGUAGAUAGAGUCGCUUCUGUUGCAUUAGGACCUGCCUCCAGGCUGUCGUCCAUCCCGUCCCCCCAUCCCCCCCCCCCAGGAGUGCCUCCUUCAGCCUUCGGUCCGGCUUGUGCUGAGUUCUGCUUCCGGUGCUAAAGCGAACAAAGGCUUACUUCCCGGUGUGGACUCUGAAGAAUCUAUGCGAAUCAACCUUUCUACCUUAAUAUCUCCCCCAGAAAUGUAUAGUGCCUUGUUUUAUGUACAGUUUGUAUACAGAAAAGUUUGCUCCGCCUUUUUUUUUCUUUUGAUGCUAGUUUGGAACAUUAUCUACAGUUUUAUUCUCAAAUAGUAGAAAUAAAAACAUCUCAAUUUCUCAUACCCAUUGCAAACAUUACACAUGUCAUUUUGUGACACAGGACCCCAAAAUAAAAUUUCAGAAUAAUCACAA